AUGCAGGAAAGAUACGGACUGAAGCUUUUAUGCCUACUAAUCAUCACUAUCAAUGUCAAUAAUGUAGUCCCCCAGGAAACGAUCCAAUAUUCCCCUCAUCAAACUGAUCCCAGACAAAGAACAGUAAUCAUGAGACUAGAACCGUUACCUGACAAACCACCAUUCCUAAGCCAGGCUGUACCACCACGUGCAAUACCACAGAGUACUAUCCAAUCUCACGCUUCAAUUAAAAAUGAUCAAUCAGAAUUUAAACCACACGCAUUACCUCAAUCACAACAACCAAAUAGAAUUGAAGCUCAACAAAAGGUUGAAGGACAAAAAAUCGUCAAUGCUGAAUCGCCCGUGCAGUUUACGGUGCCAACUGUAGCUGCACAACAACCAGUUAUCCCACAAUUAAACGCAUUAGGUCAACCAAUUUUAACUCCAAGAGAAGAUGCAACACCGCCCCCAGCUCCGCCAAUGAAUAUACCAACUGAUGUUCAAAAUCAAUUAAUUAAAUUUCUCGGACUAGAUUCAUUCGGCAUACCUGGACUUACUGGAACCCAUCCUAAAGGCUUUGCCGGUGCAGUAGAGGAGUUGCGAUCGCAAGGAAUCCCUAUUCAAGGACUACCGCUAGAACAUGUCGGAGGUCAACCAAUACAUGCACCUCAAGUAAUAAUCAAUGUAAAUCUUCCUGAUGCAAAACCAGGCGAUAACGGUCUGAUUGGUCUUUUGAGCAGCUCUGUUCGAAGAUUUGUCAAGGAUUCUGGUGUAGCAGAUGCCUUAUCAAAUACCUUACCAAAUGUGCUCGGCACCAAUCAAAACGUAGAUGCCAAAGGAUCUCCAGCAUUGACACAAAAUUCUCAAAGUCUUCUUGUCGGAGCAAACGAUUCCACAUCGCAGUCAACAAGUGUUCCAAGUUCAGGAGUUAGACGUCAGCAAUCUCCUGCAGAAAGAGCGUUAGCUGGCUUUGCUUCUGCGCUGGGAGGUGGUAAUUCUAACGGGCCUGCGCAUGCUGGAAUCCCAAUCCUACCUGGCGGCAUACCAAGAAAUUCUCAAGGGCAAAUUGAUGUUGUACAACUUAUUGGCUCAAUCACACGUAGAAUUUCGAAUGGUACGACGCUAGCUGAUGUAAUACCACCUGAACAGCUACAAACGCUUGCAGGCAUAAACAGUCCGAGGGCCACUGAACAACGAUGUGUCGUUCAUCAUUAUGGAGGUUUGACGAGAAAUGAGAGAACGGCAACAUUUACUGCGCUGAAAAUAUACCGGGAAGGUAGCGAGUUUGGUCCAGUGAAAUAUUCAAUUGGCUACGCUUUCCGAGCUGGAAAUAAAGUAUAUAAAAUAAAAUUGUUAAAGGUGCGAAAUAUAAACUUUCUAACAAAAUAG